GGCAUGGCGACGGGCCGCGGUGGUGUUAGGGUGGCCAUGGUGGCUUGGCCCGCUUUGUCCGCCGCGGUAAUGACCGCCCUCCUCUUUUCGGCCCUCCCUCGAGUCUCACAAGCCCAGUCCUUCUCUUUACCUUUCCGGCAGCCAGAAUCGUGCAGCCAUAACCAGUACUUCGAUAUCUCCGCGCUCUCUUGUGUCCCGUGUGGAGCCAACCAGAGGCAGGAUGCUCGAGGUGAGACGGGCAUGUCUUUAACUUCAGAAUGGUUUGCAAAGUAUUUGCAGUCAUCAGCAGCUGCUUGUUGGGUGUAUGCCAAUCUAACAUCUUGCCAAGCUCUGGGAAAUAUGUGUGUGAUGAACAUGAAUUCUUACGACUUUGCCACUUUUGAUGCAUGUCGACUUUUUCAGUUUAUCUUUGAAAACACUGCUGGAUUAAGGACUGUUCAUUAUGUUUCAUUUUGGAGACAGAAUCUUCCAUGGCUGUUCUAUGGAGACCAGCUAGGAUUAGCACCUCAAGUUCUCAGUACUAUACCACUUCCUACAAAUUUCAGUUUUAAAGGGCAAAACCAGAAUACAAAACUGAAGUUUGUUGCUGCUUCUUAUGAUAUAAGAGGAAAUUUUCUCAAGUGGCAAACUUUAGAAGGAGGUGUUUUACAGCUUUGUCCAGACACAGAGACAAGACUGAAUGCUGCUUAUUCUUUUGGAACAACCUAUCAACAAAAUUGUGAGAUUCCUAUUUCUAAGAUCUUAACUGACUUUCCAACUCCUAUAUUUUAUGAUGUGUAUCUUGAAUAUACUGAUGAAAAUCAACACCAAUAUAUUUGGGCUGUUCCUGUACUAAACCUAAAUCUUCAACACAAUAAAUUAUUUGUGAACCAAGACAGUAGUUCUGGUAACUGGCUCCUGACUCGGCGCAUUUUCUUAGUGGAUGCAGUAAGUGGACAAGAAAAUGACUUAGGAAGUCAACCGAGAGUAAUUCGAGUUGCUACCCAAAUAUCACUGAGCAUCCACCUCGUACCCAAUACAAAAAAUGGAAACAUCUAUCCCCCCUUGAUUACCAUUGCCUAUAGUGACAUUGAUACCAAAGAUCCCAAUCUCCAGUCUGUGAAGGUUUCUUUCUCAGUCAACUAUGAAAUGAAUCAAGAAGAGGCACAUGUCCAGACAGAUAUUGCUUUAGGUGUGUUGGGUGGGCUAGCUGUUUUAUUGUCUCUUUUGAAGACAGCAGGAUGGAAGAGGCGCCUUGGAAGUCCCAUGAUUGAUUUACAGACAGUUAUGAAAUUCUUGUUGUACUAUGCUGGUGAUCUGGCCAAUGUUUUCUUUAUCAUCACAGUGGGAAUAGGUCUUUAUUGGCUUAUUUUCUUCAAAGCACAGAAGUCUGUCUCUGUUUUCUUACCAAUGCCAGUUCAGGAAGAACGUUUUAUUACUUACGUGGGAUGUGCUUUUGCUCUGAAAGCUCUACAGUUUUUGCAUAAGCUCAUAUCCCAGAUUACCAUAGAUAUAUUCUUUAUUGACUGGGAGCGACCUAAAGGAAAGGUUCUUAAAGCUGUUGAAGGUGAGGGUGGUGUACGGAGUGCUACUGUUCCCGUAAGCAUAUGGAGAACGUAUUUUGUAGCAAAUGAAUGGAAUGAAAUUCAGACUGUGAGAAAAAUUAACCCACUCUUUCAAGUACUUACUGUCAUCUUCUUUUUGGAGGUUGUGGGAUUCAAGAACUUGGCAUUAAUGGACUCAUCCUCUAGUCUUUCCAGAAGCCCAUCUAGCUACAUAGCUCCUUACAGCCGCAUUUUGAGGUAUGCAGUGUCUACUGCCCUUUGGCUAGUCAUUGGCAUUAUACAGAUUGUGUUCUUUGCUGUUUUUUAUGAGAGAUUUAUAGAAGAUAAAAUUCGACAGUUCGUUGAUUUAUGCUGUAUGAGCAAUAUAUCAGUGUUUCUUUUAUCCCACAAAUGUUUUGGGUAUUAUAUCCAUGGUAGAUCAGUACAUGGGCAUGCAGAUACUAAUAUGGAAGAGAUGAAUAUGAAUCUUAAAAGAGAAGCGGAAAAUUUGUGCAGCCAGAGAGGCUUGGUACCCAACACAGAUGGUCAAACUUUUCAGAUUGCAGUUUCUAGCCAGAUGAGACAACACUAUGACAGAAUUCAUGACACACUAACAAGGAAAAAUGGCCCUGCUAGACUGUUGAAUUCAUCAGCAAGUACUUUUGAACAGAGUAUAAAAGCAUAUCAUACUAUGAAUAAAUUUCUUGGCUCCUUCAUCGAUCAUGUUCAUAAGGAAAUGGACUACUUUAUAAAAGACAAGUUGCUUCUUGAAAGAAUUCUUGGAAUGGAAUUCAUGGAACCAAUGGACAAAAGCAUCUUCUACAAUGAUGAAGGUUAUUCUUUCAGCAGUGUACUGUACUAUGGAAAUGAAGCCACCCUUCUUAUCUUUGAUCUGCUGUUCUUCUGUGUUGUGGAUUUGGCUUGCCAAAAUUUUAUUUUAGCAGCCUUUCUCACAUACUUACAACAAGAGAUUUUUAGAUUUAUUCGUAAUACAGUAGGACAGAGGAAUUUGGCAUCCAAAACAUUAGUGGAUCAAAGAUUUCUGAUUUAAUUUAUGAAAUAAAUAACUUCAAGACAGUAUAAUCAUGGCAAACAACAAAAUGUUGUGAUUAUCAGGUUAGUUUGCCAUAUUUUUUAAAACUUGUAAUAUAAAUUAUUCUUUGGGUUUUUUUAUCUACAGAAAGAUUUAUUUUUAUAACUUGUAAAUGCAUAAGUUGCUUUGUUAAUAUAUAAUGUGAUAUAAUUGAAAAUACCAUUUUCCCAUUAUGUAUGUACAUUUAUCUUGUUAUGUUGACCAAGUGAUUUAUUGAAAGCAAAUUUAGACUUCAUAAGUUAGUAGGCUUAUUUUUUUCUAAAUAAGGAAAAAACAUUAGGAUCCAAAAUAUAAUUUAAGUUCUGAGCCACGUGGCUAAUCACUUCCCAUGAUGGGUUUUUCUUCAACAUACUCUUUAAUAAUCAUUUUCAUUUUAUACCAUGUACUUGAAAGACAUUUUAUAUUUCAAGUGUAAUGGUCAGUAACCCCAAAAUCAGUAUUUUUUACUGCUUUCUCUCCUAAUGCUGUAUAAAUACUUAAAUGUAAUGUUAUGUACAUAUAGUUGUAUUUUUGAAUUGAAAAUAUAUAAUAAACUUUUAGUGUUUCUAUUUGUUUGAUGUCG